AUCCUGCUCUGUAUCAAACCAAGCAUGAGACCGAGAACCAAAGGAACCAACAAAAACGCCAACGUUUACCUCUGGGACUGGAAACCAGAUUCCAAAACCGGGAAAUCCCAAAACCGGACCGAAUUUCCGGUCAUCAGAUUCCUCCGGGAGCAAACCAAGAACAUCAGGGCCAAACCCGCCGGUCCUGGAAUCGGCGGCGGCUUCGGCUGCGGCGCCGGAAUCGGAUUCGGCUUAACCGGCGGACUCGGGAUCGGCGGAGGAGGAGGCGGAGGCUUCAACCACAUGAAUCUGGUGUUUGGUGUCGGAAUGGGUUGCGGAAUCGGGUUAGGGUUCGGUUACGGGUACGGAUUCGGCGGUGGGUUAAGCUCAGAAGACAUUGAAGAUUACUUGUUCUCCCUGGAUGGCUCUGGUUCGAAUUCCGGUUCCGGUUAAGUUAAAGGUAUGUUUUUUUUUUAUUAAGGAAUUUUUUCUUUUUUUCUUGUGUUCUUAGAUGGGUGCUGGUUAAAUUUGUGUUGAGUUAAACAAAAAUGCUGAAUAUGCUUCUAUUUUUCUCAUAAACAUCCUUUGCCUUUAUGGGAAAUUUAAAUGUUAUUAGAUUUUAUAA